GAGAAGAUCCCAUGUCAUUUAUCAGUGUGGCGUUUUCACGCAGUGAAUGUCACUAGCAUCUGGCCAUGUUAUGCGAUUCGAAAAAUGACAAGUGACGAAGUACACACUUGAAGGACGUUUGGUGGAGACAGAUUUUAUGGCGAAAAGAAACCGAGAAGAAGAGCACGGCGUAAAUAGGCCUAAAUAAUCUGCAGACCAUGAACUAUGUGGGACAGCUGGCGGGCCAGGUGUUCGUGCAGGUGAAGGAGCUGUACAGGGGGCUUAACCCUGCCACACUGUCCGGGUGUAUUGAUGUGAUAGUGGUUCGCCAGCCUGAUGGAUCCUUGCAGUGCUCCCCUUUUCAUGUUCGCUUUGGCAAGAUGGGGGUGCUGCGGUCCCGGGAGAAAGUGGUUGAUAUAGAAAUCAAUGGAGAGCCUGUGAGCUUGCACAUGAAACUAGGUGAAAAUGGAGAGGCAUUCUUUGUCAAAGAGACUGAAAACACUCUGGAAAUAAUUCCAUCCUACUUGGCCACAUCCCCAAUUAUGUCAGUGGGAGAGGAAUUAAUGGAGUCCCAGCUUAACAGAAACCCUUCCCAAAGACACGACAUCAUCCUUGGCAGCUCUCUACCAGUACAGAACCUGGGCCCACAGACUGAUGGAGGGAUGAGUAAGAAGAGGAGAAAGAGGAGGAGGAGAGUCUGGCCUGACGGAGGAGGAGGCAGGAGAAAUGACAGUGAGCAAUCAGAAGACGAGGACAUGUUCACCAUCGACCUGAGUUCAGAUGAGGACAGUGACAUCACCAGGACUGGGUUUUGUGAAUCUACUGCCAGUGAAAACAAAAGUACACGCGGAUCUGACAGUACUUUAAUCAAGGAUACUCUGUCCAUCCAUCCGCCCUGUGGCCUUUCUAUCUCUUGUCCUCAACAGACCUUUCACUUACCCUCUAUUAGCAGUCCGGAUGAUUCGCAAUCCUCAACUCCAAAAAGUGACUCAGAGAUCUCAAACCAGAAGAAAGACAACCCUGAGAUGUUGUGGACCUGGGGAGAGCUGCCACAGGCUGCACAGCCGUCCUUUCUCACCGAGAACCAGAAACAAGACUCUACCUCAGCUGUGCCAAUCCGUGUUUCUGACAGCACUCACUUCAGAGCCAUCAAUCACUGUGAAGCCCCCUCUCUCACUGUCUAUGCCCCUCAAACAGACGAGUCACAGGACACCAAGGAAAUCACUAUGAAAACUGCACAGAAUAAUACUGCAGUGCAAGGGAGAGUGGUAGAAAGCAUUGGGGUGUCAUAUUUAGAAAUGGAGGCCUGUUCAAUGUCUCCCAGAAGUCUUUCUGACCAUCUGGAUGGAGGUGGAGUCAGUGGGAGUCCCAUGAGGAGAAAUGAUUCACCAUCAAAGAAAAAGGAAAAAAGAAGUCAGCACCUGGGCACAGAUGGUGUUUACCUGGAUGAUAUUACAGCGCUACAGCCUGAGGUUGCUGCACUCUACUUCCCUAAAAGUGAUGGAGGCAGCAGCUCAGUGAAGUUGGACUCAGACAUGAUGAUGUGUGUGCGCAGUGAGAACCACUCCCCACAGUCUGUGGGUAGCAGUGGGAUGGACAGUGGUGUGGACAGUUUACCAGACCACUUCAGCGACCUGCCUCAUGUAGCUAUCUCUUUAUGUGGGGGCCUCACAGAUAACAAGGAGAUCACAAGAGAACAAUUCCAGCAAAGGGCAGUGUCUUAUCAGCAGUUUUCUGAAAAUCCUUCCAUUAUUGAUGAUCCCAACCUGGUAGUGAAAAUAGGAAACAAAUACUACAACUGGAACACAGCAGCUCCUGUCAUGUUGGCUAUGCAGGUUUAUCAAAAACCCCUGCCCCAGGCUUCAGUGGAGAACAUCAUGAAGGAAAGAAUGCCAAAGAAAGGUGGACGCUGGUGGUUUUCAUGGAGAAGCAGAAACAAUGACUCCAAAUCAGAGUCUGUGGCAGAUGCUGCAGAUAGUGGAGAACCAUCACUUGCCAUGUCCCCAAUAGACAGGGUGAAAGAUGACUCAUCCAGUGAUGAAGAUCACAGAUCAUCUAAUGUUGUGUCAGGAUCUGUUCAGCCUGAACCUCUGGAUGCAUCAAGCAGUGUCUGCUACAAGAAGACGCUUAGGCUCACUUCAGAACAACUGACUAGCCUUCAGCUAAGGGAGGGACCUAAUGAUGUGGUGUUUAGUGUGACCACACAAUACCAAGGGACCUGCCGCUGCAAUGGCACCAUCUACCUUUGGAGCUGGGAUGAUAAGAUUGUCAUCUCAGAUAUAGAUGGAACUAUUACAAGGUCCGACACCUUAGGUCACAUUCUUCCCACACUAGGUAAAGACUGGACUCAUCAGGGUAUUGCACGCCUCUACCACAAAGUUAGCCUGAAUGGCUAUAAGUUCAUGUACUGCUCAGCGAGGGCUAUUGGCAUGGCUGACAUGACCAGGGGUUAUUUGAACUGGGUCAAUGAGAGAGGAACUAUGCUGCCUAUGGGUCCAGUUCUGCUCAGUCCAAGCAGUCUGUUCUCUGCACUGCACAGAGAGGUGAUUGAGAAGAAACCUGAAAAGUUUAAGGUUGAAUGUCUUACAGACAUCAAGCAACUUUUUUACCCAAACACUGAACCGUUUUAUGCUGCAUUUGGUAACAGAGCCACAGAUGUGUACUCCUAUAAAGAAGUGGGUGUUCCUCUCAACAGGAUUUUCACUGUUAACCCCAAAGGAGAGCUGACACAAGAACAUGCCAAAACCAACAUUUCCUCCUUUGGCCAUCUGUGUGAAAUGGUGGACCACGUCUUCCCUGUGCUUUUGCAAGAUGGUGGCGCCGACGUUUCAAAGAACUUUGAUCAGUGGAGCAAACAACUGGAUGAGAUGAACUCAGAUGAGGCAGAGGAUAGCCUACAGACCAUUGAGACCAGUUAAAGAACAAAAUGGAAGGAACGGUGUGUUUUAGUUUUUAAUCUCACGUUAUUUUUUGCAGCUUAAAUUAAUUUUAUAUGUAUUUUUAACAAAUGAACAUAAGUAUUGACAAGCUUCUUGCAGCACAAUACACAGUACGCAGAAGAACAAUGUAGUAAAGUAGUAUAUACAGUAUAGUGAGAAAUUGCUAAUAACCAAUGAAUUAAUGUAUUGCAAAUUAGUAGCUACUACCGUUUAAAAAUACACUAAUACUUAAAAUACUUGACAUUGCACUUUCAUGUUAUAUUUCAGUAACUUAUUUCAUAAAGCACUUCAGGCACAUCGCAAAAAUAAUGCAAAGAUAUCACAGAAUGUUCCUAAACAUUUUUCAGGUUCACUUUGACCUUUCUACUGUGAAACAUGAGGUUUCAUUUCUUUAGUAUUAACCGGGUCUAAUACUGAUGAAUGCAGAUCAGUGCAUAUGUAUUUCAUCUUUGUGUUAUGCAUAGAUUCAAUAUGUACACAAAUUUUGAAUGUAGUUUAUAUACAUUUUGUAAUGCCUAUCAAUGCAAGUUCAAGUUUAUAUGUCAACAGUUGAAACAAAGAGAAGAUGUUCUCAAGUCUUCAGUCUUUUAUAGAUGUUUAAUGAAAAUAACUUAAUUUUCUGGCUUUUACUCUAUGUAGAUUUUAUAUGGAUUAUAUUAUAUUUUAUAUCAGUCUCGUAACCACUCUUAAUAUUGUGUUUGUUGAAUUUGUUUGCAUUUGUAUGCAUAAUCAAACUUUUUAACAGGGAAAACCACUUUUCUUGAGUAUCUCUUGGACAGCUAUAUUAUUUUAAGUCUGUAUUUUGCACUGGUUAAAAUGUUUGUUCAGUUUUGAACCAGUGGUGUUUUUAUUGCCUGAACAGUCACUAACAUCCAGAUUUGCCUAUAUGAUACAAUUAUGGCAUAAUGCAAUAACAUAUACAUUUUUUUUUUCAAUCACCAGAACAGUCAAACAUAAUAGUGAAAUAAUCAUUAUGUUGUAAUGUAAAGUGAUGCAGGUUAGUCAGUGAUGUGCUAGUAUUGUCUAACCGCAUUUUGCUGUGAUUUUUGUAUAUUAAAAGAUAGAUUGGUGUUGUCUGUCUUAAAUUAAGAAACAUGAAAACAAUUUUAUUCUAAAUGGCAUUGAAUGUCAGUUUGUCACAUUAAUAAGCAUGCACACACAGCUAUAAACAUGUAAAAUGUGAUUUUUCUAUGUCAACUUGAUCGUUGCUACUUUUGCUUUAUCUUUGCUGUAUGUGGAAUCUUGCUUUUGAUGUAGCACUGCUCUUAUGACUUGUGCAAAAGGAGCUAACUCUGUUUCUCAUUAAUUUCACUGCCCUGACAUCAUGCAUACAGUAGUAUAAAACAUGUUGUUUUUAGCUUGUUGUUAUUUUAAUGCACAAUGUCUCAGACAAUAAUCAUCUUUUAGAUGGUUAUAUAAUUCUUUCAAUGAAAGAUAGAUCAAUUAUGUAACCAGUUUGCUGCCUGUCUCUAUGUUGACAACAUGUAUGUGUAUAGGUUUAAGAUUCUGGUCUUAGUGUGUUGUCAAAUAUGUUGAGCAAAUGAGUCUGUUCAUUUCUAAUAAAGUGAUUCCAACCAUCA